AUUUGCGUUUAUUUGUGAAUUGAAUUAAUUCAGCAAAAAAGUUAUUAAGUAAUAAUACUCAGAUAGUUACUGGUGUGUACUUUUUACAUAUUAUGAAAAUGGCUGGACUGGAGUCCAUGAUUGCUGAAGAGGUUAAGCCGGUUGAUAGGGAAAAGACAUGUCCCCUGCUUCUUCGAGUGUUUUGUUCUACUGGUCGUCACAAUUCGCCAGGUGAUUACGCGAGGGGCAACGUUCCCCAAAAUGAAUUACAAAUCUACACCUGGAUGGAUGCAACACUGCGCGAGCUAACAGGUCUUGUCAAGGAAGUUAAUCCCGAGACCCGACGCAAGGGAACAUAUUUCGAUUUUGCCAUUGUGUUCCCAGAUAUGAGAUCACCAACAUAUAGGAUGAGAGAGAUAGGAGUGACAUGCUCCGGCCAACGCGGUGGGGAUGAUAACAAAACUUUAAGCAGUGUUAAAUUCCAAAUUGGUAGCUACUUGGAUAUAUCAAUAACACCACCAAACAGAAUGCCACCUCCGAUGAGGCGGCCACAGCCGUACCUCAACAAUCGACCAUAUUAAAUACAUGGUAUUGUC